AUGUUGAGCCAGUGGAGUUUUGCUGUAUUUCUUCUGUGCUUUCCUCUACAUCUUCAUGGGGGGGCAAUCACUGGACUUAGCGACAGAGUAAAGAGGUCAGUGACCGAUGUCCAGUUGAUGCAUGACAAAAGUCGAGCACUGCAGGACUUUAAGCGCAGCCUGUUGGUGCAGGAUCUCCUGCAGCAGGUCCACACCGCUGUGUUCCAGGACAUGAGAUCAGGACUACCCGGCCGCCAUGGGACCAGCAGGACAAGCCAACGCCCCAAAUCAGCAAGCGUGUCAAAGACUCAUCCACUAGCGUUUCAUAUGAAGGGCAUUGGAGCCCACUUCAGCCUACCGCAGGAGACUGAGAAAGCUGUCCGGUUCAGAGGCCAGUCACUGAAGGUGGCAGGCCAGAGGAGGACGUGGUUUGGUAAAUGGAUUCCGAAAGGAAAGAAGAGGCAUACCACACAUUCUGUAGAGAUACAGUGA